CCGGGGAUAGCACGCAUGCGUCCUUUGCUUAAAUGGAUGGCGCCCUUAUCCUCGCCGCGGCGGGAGGUGCCGUGGCCGUGCUGCUGUUAGUGCGGCUGUGGGUAGUGCUGCGCCCCCGCGCCCCUGUGCCCCGGCGGUCUCUCAGCCUCCUGGUGGUGGCUGGGUCCGGCGGGCACACCGCUGAGAUCCUGAGACUGCUCGAGAGCUUGUCCGACGCUUACACCCCUAGACAUUACGUCAUUGCUGACAGUGAUGAAAUGAGUGCCCGUAAAAUAAAUUCUUUUGAGCUAAAUCGAGCUGAUAGAAACCCCAGUGAUACGUUUCCCCAGUACUGCAUUCACUGCAUUCCCAGGAGCCGCGAGGUCCAGCAGUCCUGGCUCUCCACGGUGCUCACCACCUUGUACUCCACGUGGCUCUCCUUCCCCCUGACUCACCGAGUGAAGCCAGAUUUGGUGUUGUGUAACGGACCAGGAACAUGUGUUCCUAUCUGUGUAUCUGCCCUCCUCCUUGGGAUACUAGGAAUAAAGAAAGUGAUCAUUGUCUACGUUGAAAGCAUCUGCCGAGUGGAACAUUUAUCCCUGUCCGGAAGGAUUCUGUUUCACCUCUCCGAUUACUUCAUUGUUCAGUGGCCGACUCUUAAGGCGAAAUAUCCCAAAUCUGUGUACCUUGGGCGAAUUGUUUGAUGAAUGACAACUUACUUCUUUAGAAUUUUACAGGCAACAAUAUUUAUUAUAAAUGGAGAACAAAAAACUGCAUGUUUAUUGUAAAAAGCUUUUGAAAAUCCUGAGAAUUAUUGGUGGUCAAGAGUAAAAAUAUAUAUAUAUAAAUAAACCAGUGAGGAAACUGAAGUUGCUCUUAUAAAACAAACAUUAAUAAACCACUAUGUGUGCCUCUGUGCUCCAAA